UUGCUUCAUGCGAACCAACUGAACCUUUGAUUCACAACACUGUUUGCUUCGAGUGGUUUGAUACGUCGAAGCGGGUGAGGCUUUGUACCCAUCAUUAUUUCAGACUCGUAUUGGUUGACCAGCGGCAUAAUCCAAACGUCCUCUCUGCUUUUGAGUUCGCUGCCCUGAGGCACUGCGCUAACCUCUGACCUGGGAGACGUCUGUGUUUGUGCAAGCUGCCUUCGUGUCGCUUUGGUGCUUUGAUGUCGGGGGCCGGUUCGGUUCGGGUUCUGGUCGAUAUGGAUGGGGUCCUGGCAGAUUUCGAGGGCGCACUGUUGCGAAAAUACCGUGAACGCUACCCAGGAGAACCUUUCAUUGAGCUGAGCGAAAGAAGAGGCUUCCUGGCCCGGGAUCAAUACAGACAGAUCAGUCCGGAGCUGGAGCCCAAGCUGUUGAGUGUCUAUGAGUCUCCGGGCUUCUUCCUGGAGCUUAAGCCAAUCCCAGGAGCCAUUGAAGCCAUGAAGGAGAUGAGCAACUUGAGAAACACAGAGGUGUUUCUCUGCACCAGCCCGAUCCAGCAAUAUGAACACUGUGUCCGGGAGAAGUUUUUGUGGGUGGAAAAGCACCUUGGUGCAAAGUUUGUGCAGCAGCUGAUUUUAACGCGGGACAAGACCAUCGUGUGCGCUGAUCUGCUGAUUGACGACAAGGAUAGUAUCAAGGGGGUGCAGGCCUCACCCAGUUGGGAGCACAUCCUGUUCACCUGCUGUCACAACCAGCACCUGCAUCUCCAGCCCCCCCAGCGCAGACUGCAGUCCUGGGCCGAUGACUGGAGAGCCAUCCUAGACAGCAAGAGGAGGCCAAAUUAAGAGUAAAGCCACUGAGAGGAGCCACUGGAAACAUCAGCACCCAGCACUGAGGAGAGAGACAGAGAGGAGCCACUGGAAACAUCAGCACCCAGCACUGAGGAGAGAGACAGAGAGGAGCCACUGGAAACAUCAGCACCCAGCACUCAGGAGAGAGACAGAGAGGAGCCACUGGUUAGGUAUAUGCUACAGGCAGGACAGAGAGGGGUCUCACAAAAGGAAAUAACUUUACACUCAGGGAAAAGGGGGGGUGGGACUUGUAUUUAUCACAUCUUUCCUCCACACAGAGCUGAAGCAUAGAGUAAAAGACAGGUACAGCAAAUUGUCACUUUGGAAAUAAGAUGCGAUUACGUCCUCAAGAAACUAGAGAUUCUCAGAGUAACCAUCUCAGUGUCAUUGGCAUACUGGUUUUCUUACUAUUUUUUUGUGUUUGCAAUCAUGGGUUCUGUUGCUGCAAUAUUGCAUUUGAAUAUUUUUCUUUAAAAGCAGACUUUGAGCUUCCAGCUAAGAGUGAACGCAAGCUAUGGAUCCCAUAAGCACUCAGUGAUUGCAAGCACCAUACACUAGUAAAGGAGAUGUGACACUGACACUAACUAAAACACUAACUGAAACACACACAGACACUGGAACACAUACAGCGAAAUGCAGACACACACACACACUGAAACUCUGACAAAAACACAGACAGUGACACUUAUUCUUUGAUUCUUUUUUUAGAUUAGCGCUCCAGGGUCCUCUCUUAAUUGUGCGACAUGUUUGCAUAAAACUGUGUAACACAAAAUGAAAUGGUCUCUAUUGACACUUGAGUGGAGUAUAUUUAAACAACACAGCAAAUGUCUUUUUUUCAUGUGAAGUCACUCACUGUUUGUUUUAAAAUGCAUUCAGAUUGGUUGAUCCAGGAUUUAUUAAUGCACUAUUUAAGCUUCUUCAUCAAUACAGAUAGAGGUACAGCGCUGUUAAAUGGCCAUUAUACAUUAUUCAUAUUUAAUGUUUAUUAAUGCAUGGGUUUUUAUGUUCAAAUGCUCUGUAAAAAUGUAACCAAUACAUUGAAUAUUCUUUCAUUUUGAAUUUGCUGGAAAACGAGAGUUUAAUUUGUACC